UGAAGCCACCGAGCAAUGAAGGGCAGGCAGAAACCCAGCCCUGCACGAUUUCUGAUCCUUGCCGGCCUCUUCAGCGCCGUCCGGGCUCUCCCCAUCAAAGCCAACGUGAGUUUGGUCUACUUUAACGCUUUCAACCAGAGCUCGACCAACAACAGGUGCGAGUGCGGCAUGUUCGGCGUGCAGUCUCCCGUGGCGGAGGCUCGAGGGCUGGUGGUGGUUUCCAAUUCGUCCAAACUCCAAGCUUGCACGUGGGACACGCAUUUUGCCCCCGCGGUGUCACCCUGGAUUGCCCUCGUCGCAAGAGGCAACUGCACCUUCACGGAGAAGAUUAAGCGGGCGGCUAGACUGGGCGCGGCGGCCGUGGUCAUCUAUAACCACGCAAGGCACGGCAACAAUACCAUCCACAUGGCACAUCCCGGUACGGGAAACACCGUGGCCAUCAUGAUCAGCUACGCCAAAGGCAGAGAAAUCAUCCAGAAGAUUGAUAGCGGCUUCCAAGUCACCAUGGCCAUCGAAGUCGGGAAGAAGCACGGCUCCUGGAUGAACAAUUACUCCAUUUUCUUCGUCUCGGUGUCCUUCUUCAUUGUCACGGCCGCCACCGUCGGAUACUUCAUAUUUUAUUCCGCUCGAAGGCUCCGGGUCGCGAGGGCCCAGAACAGGAGACAGAGACGGCUGAAAGCGGAUGCCAGGAAAGCGAUUGGGCAGCUACAGCUGCGCACGUUGAAACAGGGAGACGAGGAAACCGGCCCUGAUGCAGACAGCUGCGCGGUGUGCAUUGAAGCAUACAAACCAAAUGAUGUUGUUCGAAUUUUAACCUGCAACCAUCUGUUUCACAAGAGCUGUAUUGAUCCCUGGCUGCUGGAGCAUAGGACCUGCCCCAUGUGUAAAUGUGACAUACUCAAGGCUUUGGGAAUUGAGGUGGAUGUAGAAGAGCGAGGAGAAGCUACUCCAGCCCCCACGACACCCAGCGAAGCCUCGAACGUCCCUACGGUUAACGAAGAAGAUAAUCAUAGCGAGACCGCCUCGUCGGGGUACGCUUCCGUGCAGGGAGCUGACGAACCGGCUCCGGAGGAACGUGUUACUCCAGAGAGUGACCAUCUCCGUCUUGUGAAUGCUCCGCAGACCCCGGAUGUGGAGACGCUGCCCCAUCUUGACAAUCCUGGCUUCGAAGGGGACGAAGCCCCAGAGCAGCCCGUGAAAUCCUAGGUGCUGUUGGCGCAAGACUGCAGUUCGCUUGAGACAACCAGCAUCCCAACCGCGAGGAGACCGCGAAGACUGACGUAGCAGCAACGUUCCCUUGAGGACCCCCCCACCCCCCACCCCCCCAAGAUAAAAUACACAAUUUUAAGAUUGCAAUUCUCUGGAGUGGCCUUUGCCCUUUCACUUCUUUCUCUUCCUGAAUUAGCCUUUUAGUAUAUUAUUGGUUCUUUCCUUCUGACGCCACCCAGGAAAAAAACCUCUGAGCAUCCUGUGAAGACCCUGGUCGCUCUUUUCCUUGCAGUAGAACUUCGGCUGUUCGUCCUACAGAAGCAUUAACCCAUGUAUAUAUAUUCAAAUUAAGUUUAAAUUAAUCGAGUUAGCUUUUUUAAAAAAAAAUUUAAGCUUUCGGGUGUUGAGGCCACCAGGUGUAUGUAUGCUGCUUUUCAGCCCUGGUUUGAAUUAACUUUCGGCUUUUAUGUAAUUUAUUGACAGGUUUUCCUUGUCUUGAUUUUUGAGAAUCGCCUCUUGAUGCGCUAAAUCACCAAGCAAUUCAGGUUUUAAUCUUGACGGUAAAAGACACUGGGAAUAUUUCCUUUCCACCAUCACCCUUCAUCAAUUAUAGAGCAAAAUUUAACACUCUGAAACAAACAUGUUCAAGGGAACAAAAUGCAACUUCUCUUGUACAGGGCAUAAAAUUUGCCCUGUGCUGUGUUUUUGUCAUCGUUGUUGCGGUCUUAACAAGCUGCCAGGCGGCCCAAUGAACGGUGGAGUUUUUAGUUAGUGCUGCUCUUAACUUUGUCAGAGGGACUAUUUUGUUGCUGCUGCUGCUGCUACUCCAAAGAAAACAGCUAAGUUAAGGAGACCCAAAGAGUACUGUAAAUAUUCAGAACAGGCAAUGCCUGGACGGGGCUAAACUGGGAAUUAAUGAACGGGUGAACUUUUAAAAUUAUUUUUCUAACGUGUAAGACAGGAAUAAGGGGAAGACGGGGUGCCUUUGCCUAGAGCCCCAAAGCCUCACCCACCAAAGUGAAUUUCCUAUUAUUUAAUAAUGCACUUUAUCUCGCCUCUGUGUUUCCGUUUCUGAUUGCAAGCCCAGCUUAAGUGGACGGAGGAAGAGCGAUGAUGCCUUUUCCCACACUUGAUUCCGAUAGGAAAAAUCAGUAGGCCUUUCUCCCUUUUGGCAUAGUGUUCAAUGAAAUUGUAAAUAUUUGAUUUCUACUUAAUUCCUUUGAAUACAAAAUGUAAAUAAAGCUCUACUACUGCCUGUUUAGAAUAUUCUCCUUUUUUGAAAAAUAAAAUAAAAACAGUUGAAUAUC